AUGCUUGCGCGAUGGUUCCGCUGUGUUUCCAUCGCCCUUGCAGCCGGGCUCCGGUCGAAGAAUCAGGUCUGGCCGUGGGAUGAGCAUCCCACGAGCUCGGUUGAGGAGCUUCAGGAGCUCCUCGCAACCGUGCUGGCGGAGGCCACUGCAGCCAACGCAGACGCAGAGGCCGGCGAUGCGGCGGAGGAGGCGGAGGAGGCGGAGGAGGCGGAGGAGGAGGAGCAGCUGAGGCUCCGGGAGCUAGUUGCCAGCAUCAGGAAGGACUGGCAGAGCUCCCCAAAGGUUUGCCAUCGGCAGCUCGGGUGGCUCAUGAACAACCUCACGGUUGCAUGCCAAGGCUUGCAGCCACGAGCCGACUGGCUUCUCGACUACUACGUCCCAGCUCUCCCGAACAAGACGUGCGUCGAGAGCGUAAGCGAUAUCUUUGCAUCGGGAAGCCAUCUGGUCGAAACCCUCCGAGUCUCCAGAGAAGCGGUCGCUUCCGUCGAGCUGGCGAGCAAGACGCUCAGUCUCUAUCAAGCACUCUCCUUUCUGAGGAGCUGGCUGGUAGAGCUCACCCGGACUCGGCAUGAUGCGUUGCUUUGGGCCGGCUUCUGGGAUGGGGACCCCCAGAAUCGCACGACGCAGGCGAAGCUCUCGAACUUUGCCAAGGCGAUCGAACACGCGACGGUCCACCCGGACAGCUUCCUGGGCCAAGCCAUCGAAGCGAGCCAGGAUCUGGAUGCUUGCUACGAAGACGUUGAAACCAGGCCACUUGCAGAAAACAUGUGGUCCAUCGCAAGCAUGAGCUUUGUGCUCGGAAUGCGCGACAAGGCACAGGGAACAGUCAUUGCACUGGUCAACAAGCACAUCACGGGCACCCCGCGUAUCUUGUCAGAGUCCGUGCUGUCCGCCCACGAGCUCCCCACUGUGGGACUCGCCGCCUGGGGGCUCGGAUUCUGGUCUCCGAAAGUGCUGCUCGUGGACCUGAUGGGAACUUGUGACAAGACGAGCCCAGCGCUACAACAGCAGCUUCUCGCCCGCCUGCCCUCUUGGGCCAAGUCCAAGUCAGUGACGCAGUGGAGCCCAGAAGCCUUCGCGAUGAGGUCGAGGCUCCAGUGGCAGUGCGUCGACUGUUCCGGGGCUUGCGGCCUGGACGAGGCCUUGGCAGAUCACGUGGAGAAGCUGGUCAAGGCCAAGCGGGAGCAGGACCAGAAGGACCAGGACCUCCGCCAGGUCGUGAGCCCUCAAUUCGCGGCCAUGGCCGCAGCCGGGAUCAGACCAGAGGAAGUGGAUGAGCUGGGCUUAGGCGGCAAGCUACGUACGACGCUGUGGAGAAAUCUGAACCCUUCGGACAAGGCUGCAGUAGCAAAGGUGUCAGAGUCAGGGCUCGAAGAAUUCUCGCAUGCUUUGAGCCAGAAUGUGACAGAUCGAAUGAGGAGGGCGAUGCUGGAGAUUCAGCAGCCCAAUGGCCCAGCCAGGCUGCGAGGGGUGAUGCAACUCCUCCGGCAGAAGGCGGACCCGAACGCUCCAGAUCGGCUCGGCCACACAGCCUUCAUCUACGCUGCAUACGAAGGAAGCCUCGAGGUCGUCGAGGCACUACUGGAAGCCGGAGCCCAGCUGGAGGCUCGCGAUGUGCAUGGCCUGACAGCCCUCAUCUGGGCCGCAGACAACGGGCGUUUGGAGGUAGUCGAGGCAUUGGUGGAGGCCGGAGCCCAGCUGGAGGCCCAAAGUGAGUAUGGCUUCACAGCCCUCCUCUGCGCUGCAGGCAGCGGCCACUUGAUGGUGGUCGAGGCAUUGGUGGAGGCCGGAGCCCAGCUGCAGACCCGCGGUGGGUAUCGUUUUACAGCCCUCAUGCAAGCUGCAGGCAAUGGCCAUCUGCAGGUGGUCGAGGCUUUGUUGAAAGCCGGAGCUGAGGUGGAGGCCCACAAUAAGUUUGGCGGCACAGCCCUCAUCUCUGCUGCAGACAGCGGCCGCACGAAGGUGGUCGAGGCGUUGGUGGAGGCCAGAGCCCAGCUGGAGGCCCGCACAGAUACUGGCUCCACAGCCCUCAUCUCUGCUGCAGAGAAGGGCCAGCCGAAGGUCGUCGAGGUGUUGGUGGAGGCCAGAGCCCAGCUGGAGGCCCGCGAUAAGUAUGGCUACACAGCUCUCAUCCGUGCUGCAAAGCAUGGCCAGCCGAAGGUCGUCGAGGUGUUGGUGGGGGCCGGAGCCCAGCUGGAGGCCCAUACUGACGCUGGCAGCACCGCCCUCAUCUCUGCUGCAGACAGCGGCCACACGAAGGUGGUCGAGGCGUUGCUGGAGGCCGGAGCCCAGCUAGAGGCCCACAGUGACGCGGGCUUCACAGCCCUCAUCUCUGCUGCAGACAGCGGCCACACGAAGGUGGUCGAGGCACUGGUGGAGGCCAGAGCCCAGCUGGAGGCCCGCACAAAUACUAGCUUCACAGCACUCAUCUCUGCCGCAGAAAGCGGUCACACGAAGGUGGUCGAGGCGUUGGUGGAGGCCGGGGCCCAGCUGGAGGCCCACGCUGACACUGGCUUCACAGCGCUCGGCUACGCUGCAGGGCACGACCACCUGCAGGUGGUCGAGGCGUUGUUGAAGGCCGGCGCCCAGCCCCAGGAAGCUGGCGAAACCGCCUUCGAUCUUGCAGCAGAAGACUCAGGUUACUAG